UUUUGUAAUCACAACAUGAUCUCGUGUGCUGAGCAGCGAAGCCGGCAGGGAGAGGCCGGCAGAGGCCCGGCUCCGGUGGCUCCGGCUUCCCUCCUGCUCUGGCUCCCUCGGGGCUGCUCUGGAAUUCUCUCUGUGCCCGCUAUUGCCAUGCACACGGCUGGGUCUCAUGGGGCUGAGUCCCCGAUGAGCAGGCAGGAGGAGAAGGACGCAGAGCUGGACCGGAGGAUAGUUGCCCUUCGCAAGAAGAACCAGGCCUUACUGCGCAGGUACCAGGAGAUCCAGGAAGACCGUCGGCAGGCGGAGCAGGGGGGCAUGGCUGUGACCACACCGGAGCUCCUCCGGCCUGAUAGCCUCACCGUCACCAUCAGCCAGGCUCCUGGAGGAAAGCGGGUGGUCAGCCAGAACUGGGCAAGGAGCACCCUCGGACCUGGAGCAGCCAGUGAGAUGCUUGAGGAUGACGAAGCAGAGGCCCACAUCGGUACCUUCUGCUUAGGGGAGCGGGUAGAGCUGGCUGUGACCAUGGAAAACAAAGCCGAGGCCAAGCGGAUUGUAAGUGAGAAGCCCACCAGAGCAAGGAACCAGGGGGCAGAAGGGCCACCUGGAGGGGGCUUGGGCCGGAGCCCAUCCACACAGAUGGCCAUCAGCUCAGAUUCUGCAUGGAAGGGUGCCCGGGAGCCCCAGAGUCCGGGCCUGGUCCCAGACCCAGCUUCUCACCCGUCCAUGGUGAGGGCCCCAGAGGCAGGCUGGGACUAUGCCCAGUGGAAGCAGGAGCGGGAGCAGAUUGACCUGGCCCGCCUGGCACGGCACAGAGAUGCACAGGGUGACUGGCGCCGCCCGUGGGACCUGGACAAGGCCAAGUCCACGCUACAGGACUCCAGCAAGCCUCGGGAAGAGGGCCCAGCAGCCAGGGUGGGCAGCACAAGGGGUCCCAGGAGCCACCGAAAGCUACAUCCCCCACCAGUGCCCCCUGAUGGCAAAGGUGGUACUACUUGGGGUGGACAACCCAGCAGACCCUUGGUGGCACCGGCCACACACAGCAAAGCCCGGGGGAAAGAGAGGCUGACUGGCAGGGCCCGCAGGUGGGAAAUGAAGGAAAGCAAGGAGGAGCUGGAGAGCCAGGAGGGAAGCCAAAGCACCAGAAAGACUCCAAAUGAGAAGGAACAUGCACAGACUCCGAGCAGGAUGGAGUCAGGCAGACCAACAAGUGCCCAGGCAACCAGCUCGGCCCCAGCAUCAGGAUCACCAGAGGGGCCAAAAGGGGAGUCAGGAGCUUCGACAGCCAGUCCCGUCCCUGACUCUCCACAAAACACUGACUUGGUUCCCCUCGACCUCUCUCUAGGAGGCGCCAGUAGUCCUGGGCCCGGGGAGAGUGAGUGUGUGCUCAGUCCAAGGCCUGGGGCCCAGGAGAGCCCCGUGUCCUGGCCAGGUGGUCCUGAGCAGCCCCUGGGGUGGAAUGAGCCCCAGGCCAAGCCAGAAACCCAGGCUUGCUCUGGGCCCCAAAGAGGAGUAGGGCCCCUGGAGCCCAGAGAAGACAGGUCUGGCAAGGCUGGGGCCCAGCAGGGGCUGGCACCGCGAAGCAGGCCCCCCAGAGGAGCCAGCCAAAGGGCAAGGGGCACAGGAGGUGUGAGGAGCAGGACAGGGGGUCCUGGCCCUGCAGGAAGAUGCUGAGCAAAGCUUCUGGGAGCAGGGGGCCAGGCUGGGGAGGAGGAGGAGGGAAGACGCUGUCAAGAGUCUUCGUUCAAUAGGUGUGGUGGCUGGUGGCUGUGGCAGCCCCGCUUGAGCAGUUUGGCGGAAUGACACUGUAAAGGCAAGGAACUGGCCCCUGCACCUCACGGGUACCUCCCUGUGCACAUGUGUGCUCUCACCUGCAGGUAUAGCCCUUGGUGCAUCCCUGCGCCAUACCCGGUAGGCAAGCCCUGUCUUGAGCCUUCUGCUCCCCAGGCCACAAGCUCCCCCACCACGGCGAGAAGACAAGCCUUGGAAGCACUCAGCACCUGGCUCGCCUGACUCCUGUCACCCCCAGGGCCUGGACUCCCUUUCUGGCUGCCAGCUCCGGGCUCCUCAGGUCCAGGCAGCCUUAGCAGCUGGCAUGGCCAGCCUAGGCCUGGGCCCUUUCCUACACCCCUGUCUUGCAUCCAGGUGACUCACAGUCCCAGACUCACAGGAUGGCCAAACCAGGGAUCUCACCAUCAGCUGGCAGCCUCCUGCCUUUCGGGAGGAGGAGGCUGAGGCCCAGAGAAAGGGAGGCCACAGCUGGCAGGGACAGAGCUGGGGACAGGUCUCCUCUAUGAAAGGAAGGGUCUCUGGAAAGCCUGCUCUCUGAAAUGGGGUGGAGUGGGGAGGGACAGCUUCCUCUCCCCGCAGCAGGGUGGGAGAGCUCACCGUCAGGGACCUCCUCCCCCACACCCAGGUCAGACAUCAAGUGCACCCUGAAUGGGGGCAGAGGGGAGCCCUGAUGCCCAGGGUCGUUUCCUGCUCUAACUUCCUCUUCCUCUUCCCGCCACCUCCCACACUGUGUCAUGCCAAACGGAGGACUCAGGCAGGGACUUGAUAGACAGAAACAGCGGCUCCAGCUAAGUACAUCAGGACUUGUCUUUCCUACUUAGUCUGUGUUCCCGCCCCUCCCCUGAGGCCCACGUCUGGUGAAUUAUCCAGACUCCGCACAAGCUGUGUCUUCCUCUCAAUUCAACAAACAUUUCCUGAGCACCCACUACCAGCAAUGCAACCGGUGGGCGAUGGUGACUUUGCUAGUAAGGGGGAGGGAAGAAACCCAGUCAUCCGGCAUAUUCAGGCUGCACAGCAGGAGCUGUUCUUGGCUGGAGGUGCCCGACAGGGGCUGGGGAUGGUGGUAGGAGCCCAAGGGAACCAUCCCAUCUCUUCUCACCAAGGCAGGGGCACCUCCCUUUCUCAUCAAGUGCGCCCCUUGUCCCCAAGCCCCUGCUUGGGUCUCCCCACAUGGCCCCACUGCUUCCCUCUGAUCCUGCCGUGGUUGUUCUUCUCUGCUGAAGGCCCUGGGCCUCACUAGCCUCUCUGGUUCUCUAGGAAGUGUCCAGAACAUUCCCAGGAUUUCUCUGCUGUCAUAGUCAGGCAUAAAGUAUGGCUCAGCUGUGUGAGGGCUGGGCCUCCUCACUGGCUCUUGCUCCACUCUCUACCCUUCUAUUCAGAAGGCAUGAGGAAAGGGUGUCUUUAGGGCAGAUCAGAUUGUUUAGAGCAGUGCUUCUCACACAUUAAGGUGCAGACUAAUGCAGAUUCUAACUGGGGAGGUCUGGGGUAGACUUGGGAGUUUGCAUUUUUGGGGGGGUAAUUCAAGUUUGCAUUUUAAAGGCUCCAGGUGACACCUAUGCUGCUGGUUCCCGACCCACUUUGACAGUAAAGGUUUGGACUAGAAUAUGUGGAGGGCUUAGAGCAAAGACAGACUCUAGGCUCUAAGGGUUGCUGGCUCUGCAGUGGAGGGAGGCAGGCUGCCCCUGCCCGGUGGGGGCUUCCUGGCCUCAGAGUUGGGUAGGAAGCUGAGGCACUGGGUAGAUGCUUGAGAGUGGGUGGUGCCAACUUCCUGUAGUGGGGAGUGAGAAAGCUGGUUGGGAAUGGGAUGAGGUGAAGGUGGGUGGAAGAGGUUGGUGUGGGAUUGACCAGAGGAUCGAGACUUUUGAAAGGCUUGGAAACAUUCUGUGCAUAUGGGAAGAAGACCCAUGUGAGACAUGAAAAGGCAAGGGUGAAAGAUUCCAAGCUCAAGCCUUCUUCUUGCCUUCCAGUCACAUAUAUAUAGCUUUAGAGAAUAGCAUUAGCCCUGGAACCCAUGACUCCCAAAGGAUGGAGCUGGGUUAGGGUGGGCUCUGGCACAGCCCUUGAAUUCAGAUGUCUCCCAAGUAAUUGUGAUCCAGAAUUUGAAUUCUGAGAUUCACAAACUCUCCCCAACUUCCAAUGCUGCCCACUGUACAGACGUGCCUUCAUUAAAGGGUGUGUGCCAAGGCAUGUGUGACGAUGGCUGGGGAUGUAGAAUUUGGGGAGAGCUCUGGUUCAGGCCUUACAAUAGGACCUGAGCAGGAGAGAAAGCUGGGCAGAAGGGCUAUGGAGAAAUAGGGCUUCUUUCCCUUCGGGACAUUAGGAGAAAGGGAUGUGGGGGUGAGUCAGUGGGGGUUGGAGAGAAUGGAGACUGGCACAGGACACCUGCAGUGCAAGACAGGUACCACCGAGCUUUUCUCAAAAGAGGAGAGCCCUAUUUCAGGAUAAGCAAACCAGCAGCUAUGGUGGCCACCCCUCCUGCUCUGGGAUGGAGCCAGCUAAGGAGCAGGAGGGAAGCCUAGAUGUCCCUCCACAAAGCUUGGGGCCAUGGAAGGCGGGCCCAUUUCUUCCUGGCUCCUCUGGUUCAAGGCCUGGCUGGGAGCCUUCCUCCUGGAUGCCCUUCCCCUCUCCAACUAACAGAAAACUACUCCUCGAAGGUGGGAAGUUCUUCGUGGGAAGUGGCUUCAGGGUCCCAGGCACAGAGCUGGAGGAACUGACAAAGGAAGAGUGCAAAGGGUAACAGGGAGCCAGCACACAUCUCUGUCCUGGCCUGUAUCACCUUACAGAGGGGAGCAGCAGACCAUACCGUGAGGGAGGUAUUUUUUUGGAUGACAGGCAGUGUGGUAAAGUGGAACAAACAUGGGCCUUAGAAUCCAACAGACCGAAUCUGAAUCCUAGGUCUGCCAUCUGUUAGCUGGGUGACUUUAGUCAAUUUUAACCUUUAAAGGCUCAGUUUUCUUGUCUGCAGAAUGGAGCUAGUAAUACCUAUGUUGAAGGGUUAUUGAGAGAAUUAAAGAUAAGAGUAUGCAACUAUACCUGGCAUACAGUAGGCAGUCUAUUAACAGUAGCCUGGCACACAGAAGGCACUCAGUAAAUAUCCGUUGAAUAAAUGAAGUAGCUAUUUGUUGUGA